AUGACUCAAGCACUGCCACUAGUAUAUAAUAACCCUGAGAUUGACGCAUCCGCUCAUCCCGGGGCAACGGUCGAACUCAAGUAUGGUUUUGGCCCUGUUCCGGCCCAUCUCCGCAACAAGAAGAUCUUCUUGUUUGACAUCGACAAUUGCCUCUACAACCGGUCCACCAAGAUCCACGACAUGAUGCAGGUGAAAAUCCACCAGUUUUUCAAAGACAAUCUCCAGUUGAAUGAUGAAGACGCCCAUAAUUUACACAUGAACUAUUACAAGACUUAUGGUUUGGCUCUUGAAGGUCUCGUGCGCAACCAUCGCGUCGAUGCGUUGGACUACAAUGCGAAAGUGGAUGACUCACUUGAUUUGCCUUCCGUUUUGAAGUAUGAACCCGAAUUGCGUUCCAUGCUUCUCCGCAUCAAAAAAUCUAGACAAUUUGACAUGUUUUGGCUCGUUACCAACGCCUACCGAAACCAUGCUUUACGUGUGGUUUCUCUUUUGGGACUUGGUGACUUAUUUGAUGGACUCACCUACUGUGACUAUGGCACUUUCCCUGUCAUUUGCAAACCCAUGAAUGCGUACUACUUUAAAUGCUUAGAGACGAUAAAUGUGGACAAGGACGAUCCAGCUGCGAUGAAACAAUUGCAUUUUGUUGACGAUAGCGAAAUCAAUGUCAAGGCCGCACACAGACUCGGAUUCGGUCUGGUUUUCCAUUACGUCGAAGUUGAAGAGGAGUACGAAGCACUCAAAAAGAAGCUGGACUUUACUGAGUAUUAUGGAACUGGAGACAAUUCGGACCCUCUGAAGAUACGGAUUAUUCGGCUGAUUUUGGAGUUGGAGAAGUGGUUGUGA